GACCCAUGCCUGUCCCGACGUUUACAUAGGACACAGGAAGGAAGUUACUCCACCAGGUGGUGUGUACUGUGGGAUAUAAACUGCCUAGCGCCUUACGCGAAAGUCAUUGUGCGCUUGGAGCCUCUUUGUGGCACAGUGACGCUUCGGAAGAAGAUGGACGUGACUGCUGCAGGCGCCACACUGACGGUCGUCAUCAUAAUGGGCAUGGAAAUUUACGAUGCGGCCAGAGAGUACAGGAAUGGGCGUCUGCAGUUGAGACGAACAGAUUUCCUAAGUCGGAUCUGGUCUGCGGUCGUACGCGCUACGUUGUCGGUGUGGAAGGAAGUUCGAAACGUAUAUAAACAUACGAAGAAAGAGAAAGAGACAGAACCCGAAGACCAGACGAGUUCGAAACGUUCGCUGCGAGAUGCUGCGACGAAAGUAAAAGCAUCGUUGGGCAGAGGGCGACUGUUGAAACUAGCAGCGAAACAGGAGGCGGCGAGUUCGAGAGGAAAGGACGGCAAUCCACCGAUUGGGUCAAUGGGAAGCAAACGGAACCUCGUGAAGAAACCGACGUCGAGAACUAUGGCAGCUAUGUUGGUCAGGUGACACACAAUUGCUAGAGUAGAGUUUCUAUUGUGAUAUAUACGUGUAGAAAUAUGAAAAGUCUACGUGUAGCGGUACAGGAAGGAACACGAUUUAGAUAUAGAUAGCUUCAUGAGUAGUGAAGGAACUCCCUUUGUAGUAGACAGUUGCUAUGCAAUACGUAUACUGUAUGUAUUAGCCUCUCCGUAAUGACAAAUAUGACAUUCAUUAUUAUUCAGUCA